UGGGACUACAUUUGCUUGUGGCAUUCCCUGUACGGAUGGGCAAGUUCGCGGGGAGGGGGGGAGGUUGUGCAAAUGUAUUCGACCGCUCCAGCCUUUCCACGCUUACUCGGAAAACAGCUCCCUUUGAUGUCUGUGGCCCUUACACCGAAGUCAUAGGACCGCAGCACAGACAUUCCCUAUGCGCAAGCCCCGGACUGUCUUUUGCACGCAGCCAAAGCAGGGGGGUGGAGUUGUGGGGAGUCGACCCAGGUGGGGCGCGCUUUCGCGGUGCUUGAUUGGCCGCUGCGGAGCUCGCCUGCGGAGACCAUGGAGGGAAGCAGGAUGGUGGAAGCCUGGUACAUGGACGAGUCCCCCGAGGACCAGCGGAAGCCGCACCGCCAGGAGCCCAAUCAGCCCGCCAGCCUUGAGCAGCUGAGGCAGCUGGGCGUUUUCUAUUGGAAACUGGAUGCUGAUAACUAUGAGACCGAUCCAGUCCUAGCAAAAAUUCGGAAGGAGAACAACUACUCUUGGAUGGAUAUAAUCACUAUACACAAAGAUAAACUGCCAAAUUAUGAAGAGAAGAUAAAAAUAUUUUAUGAAGAGCACUUACACCUGGAUGAUGAGAUUCGCUACAUCCUGGAAGGAAGUGGGUAUUUUGAUGUUCGUGAUAAAGACGACAAAUGGAUUCGGAUUGCCAUGGAAAAAGGAGACAUGAUCACACUCCCUGCUGGCAUCUAUCACCGAUUUACACUGGAUGAAUCUAAUUAUGUGAAGGCCAUGAGGCUGUUUGUUGGAGAACCUGUGUGGACAGCAUACAACAGGCCAGCUGAUCACUUUCCUGCUCGGGAGCAGUACCAGCAGUUUCUGGCACAAGCAGUUCAAUAAACCUUUAGGAAGGCUUAAUACUCAAGUGUGUCCCAUAACUUCUGUAAAGCAGAAAUAACCAAAUUGCUCUGUUAACACUACUUGCUAUUAAUAAGCAUUUGGUUUCCAGCAGCUGUAAUGUAGAGAAUGCACAGGGAGUGUUGAACUGUUAAUCAUAUAUUGAUUGCCAGAUGAUUAUGAUUAAUUUUUUUUGAAGAGCAGAUUGUGGGCUUGUAUUGGUCCUUGAUUAAUUUCUAGGGUUUUGCAUACUCGCUCAUGAAAUUAUAUUUAGUUUAAUUUCCCUAUUAAGUUUGAUACAGUAGAAUGUUGAUCACUCUCUGUUGUUAUAUUAAUCCUGUUGCCUUCCAAUGUAGCAAAGAGUUAUUCCAUCAGAAACACAUCAGAAACAAAUACCCAGGCUCUUAGAAAUUUGAGAUUUAUUCCAUCAGAAACACAUCAGUUUUUAAUAAUAAAUAAAGUGUAAGAGGUAACUGUUCUGAGCAGAAAGAUUUUGUAUCCAUCCUGCAUAAAUCAGACCUUUACUGCAAGGAAGUUUAUUUUAAGGAGCAAAUCAGCUCAGGAUAUCUACUCUUUCUCUUUUCCUAAAACCACUAUGCAAUUCAUUCUUGCUGGGCUUUCUCUGCCUUAUCCAGAAACACUGUUGUGCUUCAUAAUCUGUGUGAUCUGGUUUCUGUAGAGUGUUAGUAAACAUGGCUGCCUUUUAAACGUAUACCAAUUGUUUCUCAAGCAUGUUUCCUUGUAUAAAGGGUUUCCUGCUUUGGUUACUCAGGAAUUCACACUUGGUGGAUUGAUAUUGUGGAAGUGGACAAAUGGUAUAUCCAGGAAAAAAAGUAGUCAUUUCAUUUAUCUUGGAUCAGAGUAAGGAGCUCUGCAGUUAAUCCCAUUAGUGGUAUGAAUGAGUGAGACAGUUACUGGACCUGUGAGCCAAAGUCCCUGCACUUAACAGUUGUGCCUUGUGCAGUUCAGUUCUUGGUGUGCUUAUUCAGAAAUAAAUCCCUGUAAGGGUGCACAGGACUGCAACCUUCCAGCUGCAUUUCAAUCCUUUUUCCAAUCACACCAGCUAUGCCUGAUGAUUUCCUAGUAUGUAAUAUGUAGAUGAACAAAGUUAUGGUUUUUUCCUUUGGGUACAAUCCAAUGUACACUGAUAGUGCACAUCACCCCGCUCACUUCACACAGGCAGGAAAGAAUGGAAGCUGCAUGAUGGCAGAAGCCGCUGAGGUACUUCUGUGGUCAGGAUCCCUGUGGGUUUGUUAAUGGCCAUAAAUAUUUGCAGCAAUGUGGAUGUAAUGUUUGACUUCUAAGGUUGUACCUUGAAUUAAAAGAUCUUCAAGA